AUGGCUUCCCUGGGCCCCAGACCCCGGCCCUCUUUGUUGAUCCCAGCCCCUACUGUGCUGCUGCUGGUGGUGCUGCUUCUGCUGCCCCUAGUGUCUGCGCAUCCCCAGGGCCUGUCCGGAUUGCAGGGGGAGCCCUCCUUGGGAGAAAGUUCAUCUGGGGAGGAUGAUCUGGGCGUGGAGGAUCUGCCCAGUGAAGAGGAUGCACCUGGAGCGGCUCCACCUGAAGUUAAUGCUGAAGCUGAAAAGGAGGAUUCCCCGAAGUUAGAGGAUCUGCCCACUGUUGAGGCUCCUGAGGACAGUCAUGGCUCCCACGAGGACGGAAAACGGGGUGGCCACGGUCUUUGGAGCUAUAGAGGCACCCAACUCUGGCCCCAGGUGUCCCCAGCCUGCGCCGGCCGGUUUCAGUCCCCUAUAGAUAUCCGCCCAGAGCUCACCUCGUUCUGCCGCGCCCUACAACCCCUGGAACUACUCGGCUAUGAGCUCCAACCUCUCCCGGAACUGAGCCUGCAGAAUAAUGGCCACACCGUACAGCUGACUCUGCCACCUGGGCUGAAGAUGGCUCUGGGACCAGGGCAGGAAUACCGGGCUCUGCAGUUGCACUUACACUGGGGAACUUCAGAUUACCCGGGCUCAGAGCACACUGUGAAUGGCCACCGUUUCCCUGCUGAGAUCCAUGUGGUUCACCUCAGUACUGCUUUCUCCGAGUUUCAUGAAGCCUUGGGUCGCCCUGGAGGCCUGGCCGUUUUGGCUGCCUUUCUGCAGGAGAGUCCAGAGGAGAACGGUGCCUAUGAACAGCUGCUGUCGCAUUUGGGAGAAAUUGCAGAGGAAGGCACACAGAUCCAGAUCCCAGGUCUGGAUGUCUCUGCAUUGCUGCCCUCGGACCUCAGCCGCUACUAUCGAUAUGAAGGGUCCCUAACCACACCUCCCUGCAGCCAGGGGGUCAUCUGGACUGUGUUCAACCAGACAGUGAAGCUGAGCGCGAAGCAGCUCCAUACUCUCUCUGUUUCCCUGUGGGGACCUCAUGAUUCUCGGCUACAACGGAAUUUCCGAGCCACACUACCUUUGAAUGGGCGAAAGAUUGAGGCUUCUUUCCCUGCCGAAGUGGACAGCAGCCCUGAGCCAGUCCACACGAAUUCCUGCCUUGCUGCUGGUGACAUCCUAGCCUUGGUGUUUGGCAUUCUCUUUGCUGUCACCAGCGUGGCCUUCCUCAUACAGCUGUGGCAGAACAGGCACAGAAGUGAGACCAAAGAUGGAGCUAGCUACAGCCCAGCGGAAAUGGCAGAGACUGGAGCCUAAUAAGGAGAAGCCAGCUGAGGGUUCUGAAAACCUUGUCCUGUCCUGCCCAUUAUACAACUCCUUUUAACCACUAAAGAACCUUCCUCAUCUUUUUAACUUUUCUUCUUUUCCUUAAAGUACUGCAAUGGGAUCUUAUAGUGAAAAGCCCAGGCUGGACUCAAUUCUUGUUUUGUUUGUUUGUUUUGUUUUUUUGAGACAGGGUUUCUCUGUAGCCCUGACUGUCUUGGAACUAGCUCUAUAGACCAGGCUGGCCUCAGAGAUCUGAAUGCCUCUGCCUUCUGGGUGCUGGAAUUAAAGGCACACACCAGCACUGCCUGGCAAUGCUUGCUCUUACUAUGCGGUCAAAUGCUCUACUACUAAGUAAUACACCCCUUGAUCUUACUAUGGAGGCCAGGCUGACGUUGAACUGAGUGUGUGGGUAAUGGAGUUUGAACCCAGUCUCUUGUUCUGACUAGGCAAGUGUUCUACCACUGACUAAGCUUCUAGCCCCUUCCCUUGAACGCUCCAGCCUGUCUCAGCCCCUUGAAUGCUGGGGUUACAGGCAUGCACCAUCAUGCCUGGCUCAUCCUGAUUAUUUUUAAAAUAAAUAUUUCUAAUAAAAUA